AUGUCUGGUCUCAUCAACAAGGUUAAGGACGCUAUCCAUUCCGACAAGGACAAGACCCACGAGCAGCCUGAAGGCACGCAUGGCGGCCAUUCGUCUCGUGUUGCCAAUGCCGCUGAUCCUCGAUAUGAUUCGGAUAGAGACCAUCGGGCGAACCCUGGUACUACCACUACAACUGGUGGCCUGGGAUCUUCCACCCACAACACUGGCACAACUGGUGGCUUGACCGGAGGCUCUACCUACUCCGAGAACAUGCCUGGUCACACUACUACCGGACGCACUGAGAACCUGCCUGGCCAUACCACUGCUGGCGGCCUUGGCUCUCAUUCUUCAGGACUUCCUGAGGGAACCGCGGGGCCCCACGGAAGCCGCCUUGCCAAUGCGGCAGACCCAAAGGUGGACAGUGAUCUUGACGGUUCCCGACGUGUUGGUGGCUCAAACACUCAUGGAACUGCUCAGACUGGUCUCGGAGGCAGCACUGGCACUUAUGGCCAGACUACUACUGGCACUUCAGGCUUCUCAAGCCAUGGUGCUGGUGCUCACGGCCCUACUGGCACCCACACCUCGGGCUUGGGCGGAACUGGCUCGACCGGUACCUAUGGUUCUACCGGUACCGGUACCGGUUCUGGUCUCGGCGGUGCUGGCUCCGGUUACGGCACCGGCCCCGGUCCUGCUCCAAAAACCGCGGGGCCCCAUUCCAGCGACGUGGCCAACAAAUUGGAUCCACGUGUAGACAGUGAUCUUGACGGUAGCAAGACAGUCGGUCAGGAGAAGACUUUCCAGCAGUCCAACAACAACUUCGCCGGCCGGGAUCCCACCGAUGCCACUCAGGUUCCUCCUUCUGUUUUGCAGAAGCAUGUUCCCACUGAGAUCGCUCAUGAUGACCCCCAUAGCGACCACAGCCGACGACACAGCAGCACUCACCAGGAGACUCACCGGGGCCUGUAA